UUGAGUAAACAAUCACCACUCUCCACCCAACCCUCUCUCUCUCUCUCUAUUGUUUUUAGUGUUUUCACUCUCUCUCUCUUUCAUUUCCCUUUGCUUUAUUCUCGUUGUUCUCAUCAAAUGGAAGAAGCAAUGAGAAGGCUAAACGGUCUGACCCACACACCAGAAUCUGAUCCACUCCACCCCACCACCACCAGCCUAAAAAGGCUCACUGCCACCGCCGCCGCCACCAACAAAAGGUCGCUGAAAGACGGAGUCGCCGCCACCGCCGCCAACCCAAUGAGGUACCGUGGGGUGCGCCGCCGCCCCUGGGGCCGCUACGCCGCCGAGAUUCGAGACCCUCAGUCCAAAGAGCGGCGGUGGCUCGGUACCUUCGACACGGCGGAGGAGGCAGCGUGCGCUUACGACUGUGCCGCUCGAGCGAUGCGUGGCGUCAAGGCGAGAACUAACUUCGUUUACCCGGCUUCACCUCCACACUCAGUCACCGACAAUCUUAUCCCUCCGUUUCACUACAAGAAAUCAUCUCAGCCCUCCAUGAGAGACAUACCCAACCGAAGCCUUGCUGCUCCUCCUCCUCCUCCUCAUGUCGGUGACUUCUCUGGUUCUGUCAACAUGCUUCUCUUGCCUCAGACUAUGUCUAUGUACGAUCAAAUUCCAUACAUCGAUCACUCUGGUCCUCAAUCUCAUACUGGGUCUCUCUCUGUCUGUUCUUCUAAUAUCUCUGAGAGCUUUGCAGGUUCGUUUCUCCCUCACCCUAAAAUCGAAGAUAAUCAAAAUCACACUCUAGAUUCUACUGCGACAACCGAUCAAACUGAUGGCAUGCAAUUCUUUUCAUCCGAGUCCUCUGAUUCAGGGUUGUUGCAAGAAGUCUUAACUGGUUUUUUCCCUAAACCCAAAAUAGCAAAGGCUGAAUCCUCAAUACCCCAGAAUUACACAACCACUGAAUCGUCUUCUCAUGCUAUGGUCUCUGAUGUUUCAGUUACCCAAUCUCUGAAUGGAAUUGAGAAGGACCAUUUCGGUCUCUACUUUGAUUACCAAGGUGGCCCACAACAGCUUCCUUGCGACUUCAAUGGUGGUUUUGGGUCAUUGUAUAACGAUAAUCUGGGGGCGGAGACCAAGUUUGGGGAUAUUUUUCAGUACCCAGAACUUCUGGGUCUGGGUGUGUUCGCAACUAAACUGAGAAAUGGGUGAUUUGAUUUUGGUGCAACUUCAUAUGAUAUGAGACUUUCAAGAAUCGUAAACAGUUUCGUUUUGAUAACUAACAGUGAAAGUGCUUUUUAUUUUUAGUGUUUUAAAGGUUAUUAGCUAAAGGUUAUUAUUAUAAUUAUAUGUAAUGCUUUAAUGAAAGAUUGUGUUGUUUAAAUGCUCUCUAUUUUCUGUCUUAGUGGGUUCGUUUCCAUGCAUCUCUCUCUCUCUCUCAUGUUAAUU